AUGCUUAUCAGGUUCCGAGUAAAGGUCACUGGUCUCUUUGGCUGCAUAGACUCUCUCGAGGUAAAUGGGCAGAGCUUCGACCCAGGCGCCAGUGGCAGACCGAAAUGCCCACAAUGCUUUAGCCUACAUCCUCAGAUCCUCUACAUUGCUCCACCAAAGGAACAGGACUCCGAUGAUGACCAUGAUGAAUUUUUUGGGAUCCCUUUGACAGGCAAGUCCAAGAAGAAAUAUUCCGAGUCAGUUGCAUCUUUCAUCAAUGUUCAUAGCACCUCCGAAACACAAAAUGUCCUGGAGAUGGAGAAGCAUGAUAGAUUUAUUGCACAACUCAGUUCUCGUUUCUUCAACUGUCUAUACCUUUCAACGGAGCUCACACAAAAGGGGGUCGAAAAUCUUCUGCUCGAGUUCGACAUUUACUUCAACCGGCGUGAAGUUCGUCAGGGUAGUCUGUUUGUGCUGAGUUUCUCCAAUCAGGCACUUAAUCUUGGUGAACCAACUGCGCAUCUCUGGGUCUACAUGGUGGCUAGUCAGUUAUUGUUUAAUACAAAUCGUGCUGCUAAAUGGGCUGACAGCGAAGUAGAUGCUUUACUUUCACCAUCCUACAGAGGGCAGACGAAAUCCUAG